GCCCGAGCUCUCAAACCGGUGGGGAGCCCGCGGGGCGGAGGAUGGAGUAGCGGGGCGAGGCGCCGCGGGAGCAGAUAGCGCGGGGAGCGCCGGCUGCGCCCGGCAGCGCGGAGGCGAGGGCAGGGCAGGGAGGCGGGGGCCAUGCACGGCGGGAUAACGCGCUAGGGGCAGGAGGCGGGUGGUCGCCCGGAGACUCCGCACCUCGGGAGUGACGUCCUGCUGCAGUGCCGCUGCCUGCCUACGCUGCCCGAGCUCGUCAAUGGAGCUGGAAAACAUCGUUGCCAACACCGUCUUGCUGAAAGCCAGGGAAGCUCCUGUGGCUCCUCAUAUUGCGCAGAAUAUAUAAACUUUGAAAGAAUGUGUUACAAAACUAUCCAGGGGGUGGAGGGAAACGCAAAGGCAAAAGCAAAAAGUGGAAGGAAAUCUUGAAAUUCCCUCACAUUAGCCAGUGUGAAGAUCUUCGAAGAACAAUAGAGCCUGGGAAAGCAGAUGGACCCUACAGGAUGACCUGGAGGUCACGAAAUCCAGGAUGUUAGAGCUGAAGUGGGGAAGCGCAUUCCAGAGGAGACAACCCUUCCACCAGGAGUGUUUGCAGCUCAGGCUGCUCUCCAGCCCACACCGCUGAGCUGAUACCAAGCUCUUCAAGUGAUUGCAAGUGACAUGGCCUGGGGCACGGAGACAGCAGCUGUCUGGUAUUUGGGUUGUUAUGGUUCGGGGUUUUCCACUCAAGCUGGAACUCAACUGCUAGCAAAUGACGGUCACGGGGACCCUGUGCAGACAGAGCACCCGGGAAGGAAAAUCCAUUGAAAAGCAUCAUGCUGCUCUCUUUCAUUUGAAAGGGAGACAGCAUGUGGGAAGCCGGCAGAGGCAUGAAUCACUGGAGAGAGGUCCAUAUUCAAAUGUCAAGCCCACAUUUUUCUCAUCAGUCAGAAGGAGAAAACCACUUGGCAAAUCCAACCCAGCCCUGAACCCGAGUGACAAAACUGCCCCUUCAGUUUGGCCUCUCAUAAAUGCUGGCUUUCUCAGUAUGUUUAGAGAGAGAUUACUGCAGCAUAUGCGAAAAGCAGCCGAUCGGAAGGCUUCUCUUUCGGCAGUUCUGUGAAACUCGACCGGAGCUUGAGUGCUGCAUUAGGUUCCUUGACUCGGUGGCAGAAUAUGAAAUUGCUCCAGAUGAAAAGCUGGGAGAGAAAGGAAAGGAAAUCAUGAUGAAAUACCUCACCCCAGAGUCUCCAGCCUGCGUUCCUGAAGUCAGUCAAGACCUUAUCCAGCAGACAGGGGAGAAACUCGAAAACAGUCCCUGCAAAGAGCUGUUCUCUCACUGCACAAAAUCUGUCCUUGACCACCUCAGUGGGGAACCAUUCCAAGAAUACCUAAACAGCAUGUACUUCGACAGGUUUCUCCAGUGGAAGUGGUUGGAAAGGCAACCAGUAACGAAAAACACAUUUCGGCAGUACAGGGUGCUGGGGAAAGGUGGCUUUGGGGAGGUCUGCGCUUGCCAAGUCCGAGCGACAGGGAAGAUGUACGCCUGCAAGAGAUUAGAGAAGAAGAGAAUAAAAAAGAGGAAAGGCGAAUCCAUGGCACUAAAUGAAAAGCAGAUUUUAGAAAAAGUCAAUAGUCAGUUUGUAGUCAAUUUAGCCUAUGCCUAUGAAACAAAGGAUGCACUGUGUUUAGUUCUGACCAUAAUGAAUGGAGGUGACCUGAAGUUUCACAUCUACAACAUGGGGAACCCAGGCUUUGAGGAGGAAAGAGCUUUGUUUUAUGCAGCAGAGAUUCUUUGUGGCCUAGAAGACCUACACAGAGAAAAUACAGUGUACAGAGAUUUGAAGCCAGAAAAUAUCCUGCUAGAUGAUUAUGGCCAUAUUAGAAUAUCCGAUUUGGGUCUAGCUGUUAAAAUCCCUGAGGGUGAAUCCAUCCGUGGAAGAGUAGGAACAGUAGGCUAUAUGGCUCCAGAAGUGUUGAACAACCAGAGAUACACACUCAGCCCUGACUACUGGGGGCUAGGCUGUCUCAUUUAUGAAAUGAUUGCUGGGCAAUCACCAUUUCGUGGAAGGAAAGAGAAGGUCAAGAGGGAAGAAGUGGACAGAAGAGUGCUGGAGACAGAAGAAGUGUACUCCCAUAAGUUUUCUGAGGAGGCCAAGUCCAUCUGUAAAAUGCUCCUCACCAAAGACGUGAAGCAGCGGCUGGGGUGUCAAGGGGAAGGUGCAACAGAAGUGAAGAGGCACCCUUUUUUCAAGAGCAUGAAUUUCAAGCGGUUAGAAGCAGGAAUGCUGGAUCCUCCCUUUGUCCCUGAUCCCAGAGCAGUAUACUGCAAGGAUGUGUUAGACAUCGAACAAUUCUCCACAGUGAAAGGAGUUAACCUGGACCAAACAGAUGAUGAUUUCUAUUCCAAGUUUUCCACAGGAUCAGUGUCUAUUCCAUGGCAAAAUGAGAUGAUAGAAACAGAGUGUUUCAAAGAACUGAAUGUAUUUGGACCAAAUGGUACUAUUUCACCAGAUCUAAACAAAAGCUACCCCCCAGAGCCACCCAAGAAAGGAUUGCUACAGAGAAUAUUUAAACGACAGCAUCAGAACAAUUCAAAGAGUUCUCCAAAUUCAAAGGCCAAUUUAAAUCACCACAUAAAUUCAAAUCACGUAAGUUCAAACUCCACUGGAAGCAGCUAGUUCCAGCUCAGUUUUAUGAAACAACAUGUUGCAUCCUUCCACUAUAAUCUAUGGAGCUUCUAUGGAUGAGAGAGCCUCCACCGUUGAGUGAAAAAAAAAAAAAAGGAUCUCCCGAAAUGGAGAUUUUCUAUCCAUUCCUUCCAGUGGAGCCUCGCAUUUUAAGAAGAAUUUUCCACUCAGGUCUGUUUUUGGAGGUGGCACUCAAGACUGUGUGAAUCAAAUUUGUCUAUUUAGAACAUUGCAAUAGAAAUUCAAUGAACAUGACUACUUGCACGUAUUUAAAUAGCAUCAUACUAGAACUGAAUUUUGUCUUUAUUAUUUUUAAAGAAAAGUUUUGUAAAUUUCUCUAUUGUCUCAGUUUACAUUUUGUACAUUUGUAUUUAAAUGAAAGUCAGACUUUGGAGGUGUAUAUUUUCCAAGCAGCAGCUGUAAAGCCAUGUGUUUUAAGACAUUUUUUUAAAAGGAAAAAAAUGUGACUCAAGACUUCCAGAGCCUCAAAUGAGAAAUCAUUCUUUUUAGUAAUUCUAGAAAAUUAUUCAUAAAUCACUUUAUCAGACUGGGUUUUACUGACAUGCAUUUUUAUGAAACAGUUUAUUCUUAAUUAUUUUACAUCUGUAUAUUUGGUUUACAGCAACACUGCAUACAUUUCUCCUCUUCAUUAGUUUGUAGUGUCUCGCAUUGAAUGCUAAAAGACAAGAUUUUGAUGCAUUCAAGAAUGCUACUUGCUCUGCCUAAGGUUCGUGAUGCCAUGGGACCAGCGCAGCUGAGAUUUGCACUUACUUACCUUGUUAGCUCAUCAAAAAGUUCUUAGAAAGGGAACCCUGUUUUAAGCCCUUCUCCUUCACUAGUUUUGUGCUGUUUCUAAUGACAGAAAGAACAAAGCUGAGUGAGAGGUGACCAGGACAGCAAAUGGCCAUGUUUUUGAAGGACUUGAAACCUGCACCUGCUGAAAUGAAAGCAAAACUCGAACUGUUCUCUAUGCUGCAUCAGAAGUCCAAGGCUUUUCCACAGUUGCUCAUAUCAAAUGGGUAGCAAGAGAGAAAUCCAUUAGACUGGUUUGUGCUGACUGUAAGAUUCAUGACAGCUUUCUAAAGCUGAGCUGUGGAGGUUCAGAGUGGCAUCUGAGGUGCUUUUGAGCAGUAGCAGAACCUAUAGGUUGUGUCUGCGCUUAGAGUACUUGCACGUGUCAUGCCAAACACUCCAUGAUUCAUCCCCUCAAUUGAACCAAAUGUCAGUUAUGAAAUAAUACCUCCCACUUUUGGUUCCAUCAUUCUUUGUCCAGGAUCCUUUAACCGUUGAUAAAAACGUUGUUCCCACCAGUAUAAACAGAAUCGUUCAGGUUCGGUAGCAGUACCUCAAGAGUCAGAGUCAUGCUCUUCUCAAGUAUGCCACUAUCAAUUACUAUUAAGAACACCAGAUCAAAAAUAUGGUUACUUCCCUUCAACAGAAUUUGGAAAGCCUUUGUCCCCCCAAGUGCAGACAGGAUCUCUAUAGCUCAACAUGUUGGUUCACCAUGCCCUUUACGGUGUCCGCUGGAGUAUACUGAUGAUUCUGCACCUUUGGGCCAUCAGGAAUACCUGAAGGUCAGCGUGGCGUGACUAAAACCCUGUUAGAGUGUAGUGCAGUUAUCCCAGGGUACAAGGAAAACCUGUUCCAGUCGAAGUCUUAAUAGCCAAAAUUCAUUAGGUUAUCACAUAUAUGUUCUAUCUGUCCGAUGCAGAAGGGUGAAAAGAUGCAGGUCAGUAGUAGCAAAUGUCUGAGUAAGAAAGACAGGGGAAUUGCAUACUAAAACAGCUUGAGAUCAUGAGGGAGAGAGACAGAACAGGGAUAGGAUUUGCACAAAGCAGCUGACAGGGAAAAGUCAAGAAGAGGAGAUGAGGCUUUGGUGCCUUUAGCGGGAGUAAAGUACGUAAAGAUGCAAGUCCACAUCAUUUCAAAAGCCUCCAGUUUUCCUGGUCAUUAGUAGACAUGUAGUGAAACUGUGUAAAGUGUAACGUAAUAUCACCUAGAAGUUGUUCCUCUUUUUCCUGCAGAUCAGUGUGGUCCAGAAAUUCCUUUCCCCUGUAUUGGUGGUCAGGGAGAGCUUCAGCCACUCUCCCAUGUCAGAUGAUGGCAUUGCAGAUCUUAUGGAAGAUACAAGAUUUUAGAAAGACAGUAAUAGAUGAGAUUUUUGAGUAAUUUUCUCUCUGUGUUUCUGCUAUAAACUAAAUCUAUAAUGGUUUCAGCUUCCUGAUAGGAGGGGAAUGAAAUAUUGCAGAGGUGAAAGCCACUAUGCACAGAUAGGGCUAUUGCCUCCAGGUCUGUUCUCAUGGCCUGACGUAAAGUCAACAGGAAUCUGAUCAGUCACUUGAGCACACUCUGGAUGAAGACUUGCUCUGGGAGGUUUUCACAGACCUUCUUCAAUGACAUGUGGGAUUUCACCUGCUUUCAAGAAAUAUAGGUGAGAAGUGGAGGACCAGAUCUUAGCCAGACAACUGAGUGUAUCAGUGUACCCCAGAUGAGACAAGACACACAUCUUAGUUCUUAGAGAGCUGCAGGUGGUGUGCAAUUCCAAUUUGGUUCUGUCACUCUAAGACAUCUUCUAACAGCAUUGUAUACAACAUUUUUGUGUACCCUCAGUUGAUUUCAGCCUCUACACUGAUGCUAGGGGAAGAGGGUGCUGGAUGCAGGGUAGAGUGAAAGGCUAAGCUCUUUUUACCACUACUGCCAUUGCAUCACUUUGCAGCAACAGACAAGCAUAUUCCCCCAUCAGAAAAACGUGGCUGAUAAUAUCUACCUACUGCCAUGAAGAAGGAAAAAAGGUGGUUGGGGGAAGGCUUAGCCCAUAAAUAUUUCAUUGGAUAAAUCUGAUAAAACUGCAGCUGUUGUCCCAAGGGCUUCAUCUCCUACAUGUUAUGGCAUAUGAAGACUAAAGUUUCCUUUUUUACCAUCUCCCACUUGGGAGAUAGAAUCUUAAUAACAACAAACCCUUUACUGAAAGCAGGUGAACAAAUUGCAAAUAUAGAUUAUAGAUGCUAUCAGCCUUAACUAGUGGUGGAUGACUUUUUUAUGACAAUAGUGAAUGACAGUUACGUACGUGCCUUCUCCUGCUCUCCUUUCAGCUGGGGCAGUUCCUUGGGCAAGCACCUCUAGGACCCUAGCAGUGGAGACACACGAUCGGUGCAAAGUCCUCGAAUGACAAGAGCUGUUUUCAUUGAGUCCUGAUACUUGAAGGAUAGAGGCAGAUAUCCUGAAUCCUCAGGAUGUUAUGGAGGAAGGAUGCUUAUGUGCACCUGAAGCAUCAAGCCUGGGAUGCAGUCCCUCUGGAUCCCAGCUCCUUGGGAGCAGUCAGUGGGUGAGGGGAGAGACAGAAAACAAUACCAGCUGAGGGAUAUUUCAUGCCACAUCCCUAAAGUGUUGCUAUCCUGUCUGACAAACUUUACACAGUAUUAUGAUGCUGGGACAGCAGAACUGUUGUGCUCUUUCAGUACCCAAGCCCUGAAAAGAUCCAAUCAAUAUUAUACAUCACUAGUGAUAAUGAACAGUCCUAGAAAUCUUCUAGUCAGGGUUUGCCUACAACAACAAAACCUGUAGGAUUUUCUUUUUUAUUGCUUCUUUCUUUUUUUAUUAUUAUUUUAUUAUUCAGCUCACCUUGCACUCAAGACCGGAGUAGGACCACAGUCCUCCCACUUCCACUGGUGACCAGGUGCAACCUGAGCCCAUAACUCAAGGCUGAAGCCCUGCCCAGGCAGUGCCCCACACAGCCAGGCUUCCAUGGACACUUGGCAUCUGGCUUUGGGGAGGCAAAUUUAAAAAAACACUGGGAACCAUGGAUGUUCAGGAACUCUGGAAAAAAAAGAUUUCAUUAUACAAUGAUAUACUUGGAGAGUAUUUGCAAUGACAUUUUUAGUAUUAUGAUUCCAAGUGAACUGUUUUUGAGGUGCUCUUGCACGUAACAAAGGAGCAGAAAGUAGUUCUUUAAUAGCUUUCCAGACUGAUUAAUUUUCUGUAUCUCCUUUCCAAUUACCAUAGGAUUUCUUUCCAAAAAAUGCAUACGUUCAGAUCUCGUUGCUUGUUUUAAAUAGACAGAUGAGCAAACUUGAUUUUUAAGAAUCAGAAAUCUGAUCCUGAAUUAUGUAAGAUUUUUUUUUGUUUUUAAACCUUCACUGAGUGGUCUGAUGUACACUACUUAGUUUGCAGGCUUUUAUGAUUCAGAUGUUUACUAUUCAUUUUCUACAGUGUCUCAAGGUUCACUUAAAUCUUGUAGCAUUUUUCCCACUCUCUAGUUGGAUGAGAGGCUUUUUUAAACAAAGGGAUAAUGAAGGGAAAAAAAUAACAAAUAAUAAACUCUUACAUGUGCACUCUUGUCCUGGAGUAUCUAGAACCAGAUUUUUUACAAGAAUGGCCAUGACUCAGAUGUUGUUUCUGAACAAAAACCUGCUUGUGAAGCUUGGAAAGGUGUGAAAAUAACCAAACCUAACAGGCUCUGGAGAUCAAACUGAGCAUUAGGGAGCGGCAGAAUUCCAUACACAGCAUUCAUCUGGCCCUACUGGUGAGGGAUGCCUGGUAACUGGCAGGUCAGAAACAAUACCAGCCACCUGUAAAAACAGUGUGAUACCAUCUCAAUUUGCAGUCAUCCCCUCCCCCAGAAACUAAAGCUAAGAGCACCAUCAGCAGCAGGGAAUCAAACUCAGCCGACCCAGUAAAGCGUCUGAUUCAAAGACAUUGAUUCUUCUGUGUCGUUCAACCAGACCUCAGGAUCCAGCUUGAAUUCUUUGCUUCAGCUGUCGAAGCCUUGCAUUGCAAAUCCAGUGGCUCUUGACCUUUUUCAGCAGAGAUGCCUCAGGUAAAAAGAAAACCAGGAAACAUGUCUAAUGCCAACAGAACCAUGGGCAGGGCAAGGGAGACGGACAAGCUGUGAGCUCUGGAGGGCAGUGUGAAAACUGUCGUAGCGUGUGUACCUUCAGCAAGUGUCCCAUGGCAGUUCUUACCACACAUUGCUGCACAUUCUUCCGUCAUCGUUCAUUGUAUGUUGCUCACAGGUUUUGAGUAACUUGAAAACUGCACACACAAAGUCACAUUAAGCAUCGGCUCUGGCCCGUGGCUCGGACAUCAUCUCUGUGAGGGUCAGAGGGAACAGUUUGAUGAGGCAAGUAGAUGUUCACUCGGCCUGCAUGGACAGCCACCACACAGGUCUCUGUUCCCACGUGUCUGAGCUUCAGUCAGGAGUUCCCUACGCAGGCUUUUCUGGAAGAGCAAUAAAUGCACACCCUGAUAGCACAGCUGACUCUCACGGACACCCAUGGAGCAGGUGGCUGCAGGACCUGACUUCAUUGUGGACAAGAUACUGGUGUUUUAACCUCUGCUCCACAGUUAGUUGUGAUUAUUUUUUUUUUAAUUGUAUUUGUAAUACUUGCUUGUUAAGUCUCUCAGUGCAGAGGAGGUCAUUCAUCAGGCAUUUCUAGGCAUUUCCCAUAUAAUAUUUGAAAAGACUGGACUUUUCUUUGAAAGAACAUCCUUGGGUUAGUCUGCCCCUUGGGAUGUAUGCCGUCUUCCUUCAUGUGUGUAGCAUGAAGCACGAAGUUGUCUGUAGGAGCUCUAUAAGUCCAGACUGAAAGGCUUUCCCACCCAGGGAUGGCCCGUCUGUCUCUGGCUGCAGGGACCGACAUUUGGCAGUGAAAUUUGGGAGAAUCGGACUCUUCAGUGGCUCCACAGAAAACAAAGAUUCUAGAAUUGUCUUAUCUCAAGCCUUUCACAGAUAUGACCUGCAAUUUAAAAUGCUACUAAUUAUUUAGAGUAAGAAUAAUAAUAACUAACACCCUCGUGCUAGAGCUGAGAGGAGGUCUGCAUAAGUUUAAAACAAUUCUUCUCUUUUGUGUGCUGGGCGGAACACAGUCUCUUUUAUGAUAAAUAAUACUGCGAUGCAGGCUGGUAAUAACUUUCUUCCUUAACUGCAAAAAGAAAAGAGAAAGAAAUCGGUUCAGAGAAUUUUGCAAAUUAUUUCCUUUAGGGAAACCACCAAAGAAGGUGAAAGCCAACAUGCUACAGUACUAAACACUUACCUCCCCCAAACAUCUCCGCAAUAAUACAAAUAAAAGCUGCUGCAGUUGGAUCAGCAAAGCUAGUGUACUGACAAAUGGGCUUUGUGACAGAAACACGUUUAAACAGAGUACUGCCUAUUCACUAAAAUGAGUAUUACUGAUGGCACAUAUGUAUUCUCCUUGGUUUAUUUACUGGAGCCAGAAGCCGUGGUUUGUAUUCAUAUUCUGCCCAUGUUUUUCUUCACUGACCUGGGCAAACCUCUGUGCAAUUUUGUUUUCCCAUUCUGAAACGUGGAGGAAUGCUCUCUGUCUAUCAAUAGGAAGCACUGUGGAGUCUGUGCACAGAACAGAUCAAUAACAACUCUUUGUAUUACUAUUUAAGUGAAAUAGGCUUAAUAUAGCUGCUUUUAUUGAAUUAGGGCUCUUUUUUAUUAUUGUUUUUUUCUUAGUUCCUUAGAAAUAUUGAAGGAGAAUGCACUGCGCUUCUGUAAGACAUCUCCAACAGAAGAUGAGAUGACAGUGCAAAUGUUAAAGCACUCAUUUCUUAUUUAAGAGCUAGCUAGUAAUUAUGGCAUUCACACAAACACUUCCUCUUAUUUUGUAUUGGAAAUAAAUAGUUAUGAGGAAGGGACAAAAUAACAUUCAUUGGUUCAACUUUUUUGGCCAAGCUUGCAAAUGCAUCCCUAGAUACCAAUUAAGUGAGAUGCUGUGUGAAGUCACAAAGAUGCAUCCGUGGCAAACAUUGGGUCACCUCACCGCCCAGCUGUGGAAACAAAAGAGGCAACCACAUGCCUGGGAUCAGCAGGCUCCAAAGGGGAAUUCCAGGUUUUCUGGAGAAUCAGCGGUCCUGUAGAGAAGUUUCACUCCCAGAGAAGAAACAUUUCAGGCAGUGGCUGGAUGACAGAUGUGUUUUCCUUUCUCAUCACCCCACAUGCAGCUGUUUGUUAGAUACGUUUAUCGGCAAGCUCAAACGAGUUAUGUUUCAUGUGUAUUGAAUGCGGUCUCCCUCAAUUGCAUUUCUGUUAAACACUGGACACUCUUCUAAAAGACUUAACAUUUUAGCCUUUUGAAGGUGAAAGUUGUAAAAACUUUAUUUUGUGUUUCUGAAAAUGUAGAUAGACCUAAAGAUUUCAUGAAUUAUCAUGUGGUUGCCCAUAUCUGACUAAUAAUUAAAUUGUAAAAUUGCAGUUUCAUAUUAGGGUUAGUCUUUUCACCUGCUUUAAAACUAAAAAUCAUAUUUGGUAUAUAAACAGACACAGAAUAUCCUUCUGAUUGAAUUUCAAGAGCAUAUCCAGAACUAAAUGUUUUUAAGCACUUCUAAUACUGUAGUCUAUAAGAGGAGCAGACACUCUUAAAGCAAUGUUAAAAGUUGUCUUUCAUAACUGAGUCAACAGAUCAUUUUUGUAAUAAAUUAAAGCAAGUAUUCUCAAUUAGAAGAGCUAGUGGCUGUUGGUAUUGUACAAAAAAAAAAAAAAAAAUCAUUCUAGUAUCCAGAGGGUUAGGGGUGGGGAGGGUCUGUUUGGUUUUGUUUCUCUUUCCAGGGAGAUCUUUAACAUUGUUUGAUGAAGCUAGUUUCAUUUUGAGAUUGUUACUGAAGAUAAAGGCUUCUGUGUUCUAUGGCUGCUUGGAUUCUUCGUACAUAAUGUCCUAGUAAUGUCACAGUGCUGCUGUAUCUAGAUCAAACCACUGUUUUAAUUGUUUUUUUGGCUUUGUUUUUUUUUAAUAAAUUCCUUAAUUUAAAUACA